AUGACGUCCACGACGGAACUCCGCCCAAUGUCUCCUAAUUCUGCGGUGGACUCGCAUGCCGGACCGGCUAUUAGCUCUGGAACACAAACGCCUGUCGGUCGACGAACGCUACCAGCUAUGGAAGCAGAUGGCUAUCGAUUGUUCUCCGACUUCAUAUCUUCAGACCCGCUACGGUCCACCACUAUAUUCCGCCGCUUUGAUCGCCUGGCUAUUCGCAACCUACUAUAUCUGGAGAGUGAGUUGGCAGCUUUAGAGAGCGAGGUGGAAAGAUUGGACUUGGAUAUGAUCCCCGAGACAAUGAUCAACCACCUUGGCGACUGGACUAUACUCAAAGCCGAGGCUGAGUACGCGGAAGAGGAUACUAGCGAGAAUAUACCCGAGGAAGAGGCCAAAAAGCAGGAAUUGAUGAUAGCACGCAUGCGGUUGGUCAAGAAGAUUAGAGUAAAGGUGAAGGAGUAUCAUGAAGCACUAAAGCUAAUGUGUGAGAUAUUCGCCCUCGAAAGACCCGAACGCGACGAUAUCGAGACAAAUGGUCGUAUCUUCGUACAACCGGAUGAGGAUGACUACGAUCACGAUCACUGGGAAGCCAAAGCAGAUUCGCACGCCAUCAUCCAAGGUGCCAUGGCUCUGCAUCUCUGCAAGAAAAAUCGGAAAGACCUUUGCACGCUGGCACCACAAGUAGAGCGGGACCCUCUUACCCGGCUCGUGGAGAGCAAGCACCAACUCCGCAGCAUGAUAAAAGAUAAGACCACGGGUAUGAUCAGCCUAUCCAAGUGGAAACGCAUGAAUAAAGUCAUCACAUGGAUCAGCGUAUGCUUGGUGGUAGUUUGGCUCGUUGGUGCCAUUGUCGGUCUGUACUGCUGGAGAUCCGACACGGGACGCUUAAUCUUGCUCAGUGUCCUCACGCUAGGCUUCGCCUUCUCAAUCCUCUGGGUGACUACAGCACGACGACACGACAUCUUUGCAUCUACGGCUGCGUAUGCUGCUGUGCUUGUCGUAUUCAUCGGAAGCACACUUGACACUGCUGGGUCGAAGGGUACGACCAGCGCCAAAUCGAGUAAAACACGGUUGUCAAGGAGCCUGGAGCCCACACGGACAUAUCUUGCUUCUGGCUUUGAUAUUGGACAGGCUUCAGAUAGGACAUAUGCUAUCACUAUGAUGGGCGGCAUGUUUAUGGUGGCGGGUGUAUUACUCUGUGCUAUAUUGUUGCUGCAAGUGAGAAGGAGAGGCCAUAUCAGGCUAUAG